GCCAGUGGUGGCGAGGCGCGCGGGGCUGCGCGGGCCGGCGGCGGACGACUCUGCUCAGACGGAAGCCGCCUCGGGCACGGUCAGCACCAGGGUGGGAGCUGUCAGGUCACCGCCGGGCCCGCACGACACCCCGAUCAGGGAGCGCCGCUAGACGGGGCAUGAGCGCGUCCGGCUGCGUCCCGGCCUACCGCCGCUGAGAGAGAGAACGAGCACACUCCAGCGUCCAUUCUCCAGCAGCGGCAGCAGCGAUGGGCGACCACGGCCCGCAGAAGCUGGCGCUGGAGCCGCGCCCCUGCGUCACCGCCCAGCACAGCGCCAACGGCACGCCCCAGACGCCCAGCACACAGGUCAUAUCGUUGAAGCCCGAAGAGCCGGAACGAGAGACCUGGUCGGGCAAGCUGGACUUUGUUCUCUCGGUUGUGGGCUAUGCAAUCGGCCUGGGAAACGUCUGGCGGUUUCCAUAUCUUUGCUACCGAAAUGGCGGAGGUGCGUUCCUGAUUCCGUACCUGCUGACGGUGGCCACGUGCGGCGUGCCCAUGUUUCUGCUGGAGGUGUCACUCGGCCAGUACCUCUCCAUCGGCGGCCUCGGAGUGUGGAAGAUAUCACCUGCUUUCAAAGGGGUGGGCUACGGCGCCGUUCUGCAAUGCAUCUGGCUGGACAGCUACUACAUUGUGGUCAUGUCAUGGGCGCUGUUCUACUUCUUCAACUCCCUGACAGCAUCGCUUCCCUGGGGCAGCUGCGGCAACUACUGGAACAAGCCGACGUGCUCCAGUCCCUACACGAGGAAGUCACUAGACUGCUGGACGGAGCAGAUCAACAGCACCUUCAACUCCACCUACUGCAUGGUCGGCAAGAACGCCAUCCUCGAGAAGGACCUCAGCGAUCCCGUCCGAGAGUUCUGGGAGGGUCGGACCCUGAACAUCACCGACGGUAUCGAAGAGGUCGGUGAGGUGCGCUGGGAGCUGGCCGGAACGCUGGCACUGGCCUGGAUCAUCUGCUACUUCUGCAUCUGGAAGGGCGUCAAAUACACCGGCAAGGUUGUGUACUUCACGUCACUGUUCCCGUACGUGCUGAUGUUCAUCCUUCUGAUUCGAGGUGUUACCCUGCCGGGCGCCAUCGAAGGAAUCAAGUUCUACGUGAUGCCCGACAUCAAAAAGCUCAAAGAAGUAAAGGUGUGGAUCGAUGCAGCCACCCAAGUGUUCUUUUCCUACGGACUGGCCCUCGGCUCGCUAAUCGCUCUCGGCAGCUACAAUAGGUUCAAUAACAACGUCCACAGAGACGCGAUGCUGAUAUGCACAAUAAACACCUGCACAUCGAUAUUUGCCGGCUUCGUCAUCUUCUCCGUCAUCGGAUACAUGGCCACCGUCCAGGGAAAAUUAGUGGAAGAGGUGGCGAGAGGAGGGCCGGGGUUACUGUUCCUGGUGUACCCGUCGGCCAUCCUGGAGCUUCCUAUCAGCCCGAUGUGGUCGGCACUCUUCUUCCUGAUGGUGCUUAUGCUCGGUCUGGAUUCUCAGUUCUGCACAAUGGAAGGGCUGAUUACGGCCAUUGUGGACGAGUUUCCGUUUGUCCUCCGCCGUCCGGGCAGAAAGGAGGUGUUUAUCGCCGUCUACUGCUUCUUGUCGUUCCUCAUGGGGCUAUCCAUGGUGACACAGGGUGGAAUGUACGUGCUGGUAAUAUUUGAAGAUUACGCCGCCUCCGGUCUGGCUCUUCUGACUCUCAUCUUCUUCGAGUGUAUUGCCAUCGGCUGGGGCUUUGGUGUGAACCGCUACUUCGAGGCCAUCAAAGAGAUGGUCGGCUACUAUCCGUUCCUGUGGUUCAAACUCUGCUGGACCGUGCUCUGUCCUGCCGUGACUCUGGGCGUGUUUCUGUUCAACGUGGUCAACUUUACACCUGUGAAGUACGUGGAUUACGAGUACCCGUGGUGGGCCCACCUGAUCGGCAUCCUGCUCGGCCUCUCCUCCAUGCUCUGUCCGCCGCUCUACCUGCUCUACUCGUACUGCAAGGCGCAAGGCACAAUGAGAGAGCGAUUCGCCACUAUCUGUCGGCCUGAGUUAACGGAUUUCAAAAAUAAAAACGUCGGCAAGUUUGAUUCGAUGAUUUAGCCUGCUGUAGCCAAACAGCACCAGCAUCUCCUAGACAGAGGAUCUGUGUCUCCGGAAGACUGGUGUUCAAGAAAGGACAUUAUAGAGUCUGUCGAUGGAGAUGCACAUUGAGACUUUCCGGGGCUGCGUAGGUCCUUCAUGUCACCAUGUCGGCGAGGUUGGCUACCCACCGGACAAUGGGCACUACGGACUCUAGGUCUCUGACCGAGGGCUUCAUCGGACCCUCCCUGUGUGACAAACUGUCUCUUUCCCGCUGUCUUCCGACUUAUGUACACUAGACAUCGUCUUGUUGCGAGCCAGCUCACCACGUUUAGAGGAUGUUUGUAGAGGUGAUGCUAUACUGUUGGCGUGCGCACAAACGUAUACCGAUUCCUCGAAAAAUUUUGUACUUGAGAUGAGACGGUGCCAUGUCUAACCACUAGCUUUAUAAAAGUUUCGUUAACGUUCCCCAACCAUGAAGGGGAAGGCCAGUAGAAUACUUGUUGAGUAGUUUCUAAAAAGCUGUCUAAUGAGCCCAACCAGGUCAGUUUUGAACACUGAACCACUUUUUGGGUUUGCACAAAGUGGUAAGUAGUUGGUGUUGUUCUUACCCGUGACCUGUAGUUGGGCACUGGGUAGUUUGCUGGUACUGGUACAUAGAGUUGCGCUCUGCCUACAAAAAGGCGCCGUGCCACAAGAAAACGGCGGGGCAUGCGCCUUUCCUACUGGGCACGAAUUGUGAUGUAAUUCAGAUCACUGCUUGGUCUUCGAAACAAGUCUUCCAGUGAGCUAUCACUAAGCGUCUUCCAUUUUAUGACGGCUUUGGUCAAUGUUGUUGGUAUUUCUUAACUUCGAUGACUUUUCACUGUGGUUCAUUCCAAUUGUUACCCUCAUACUUAUCGCUUUUUCCACCUACGAAUGGCCAGCAUGAUGCUGGUGCCCAUUUGAAAGUGAUCAUGUGCCAAAUAGGUUGUUGCAUGCUUCCUGUUGCAAUUCAUACACGUAGGCUAGACACGUUAAAAAUAGUCCUGAGUGGCUGCUUGACGAUGAAGCGUCUAACGGGACAUAUGAGUAGUGAUAGGACGAAAAGGAUGGAUGGGAGCUGGUGCUGGACAAGAAGGCCUGACAUCUCUGGAAGAGAUAGAGACGAAGUUCUUGUUCAUAUUAAUCAUUCCUUUCCCAGUUAUGGUGUAGGUCUUGUGACAGAUUAUUGCGGAUGAUGAGUAGCAGGGAUCAUUUGAAGAGACUGGAUACUGAAUUUGGCAAUAGAAAUGUCAAUACAAAUAGGAAGUAUAGACAUUAGACAUAUUUGCGCAAACAUUAGUGCGUCGCAGUCACUAGCUUCUUAGAGCGACUUUGAAAGACGGCACCAUUUCAGGUUAUAGGUCGAAUUCAGUCCUUCAUGGUGCAGGAUAGACGAUAAGCCAAAUCCGCUGCUCCGUCGCUGUAAAUUGCCAAAAUUACAAGCGAUUUAAAAUCGUGAGACAUGCUUGUUCGAUGUGUGCGUGCGGACAGCAUAGCUACGUAGUUUUAAAGUUCAACAGGUGAACGCCUUGGCGUUUUCUAGCCGGGUAGUACCCAUAUCAUAUAUCAUAUCACGGAACAAUGAAAACGCUGCUCGAUUGAAGUUGUGAAGCAAUAGCUCGACAAAUUUGAGCUCAACAAAACCUUAGGCAUAUCAUUGUUGGUGCGAAUCUAUCGUGGCACUCUGAAUAAAGCAGCUAAAAUGCGACUUUAAUUAAUCUAUAGUUACAUUAGUUAUGUUAUCAAAACUAUUUUAUGUAUUCCCGCAGUGUUUACUGCUUUGUUUGAAGUGCCUUCCUUUGUCCAGCCGCGAAGGAAGGCUCUUCAGACAUUGUAGGAUGUCACACAUUGUUUUUGGUAUGCUUAGGGUCAUCACAAUUGAAGGCUUGUCUCAAUAUUAUUUUCAGCUUUUGUACAUUUUAGCUGAUAUGGCAUAUGCAUACAAGCUGCAAUAUUGAAGGAUUUCUUCCUCUUUUUACGAUACAUUUAUGCUUUUCUUUCUCGAAAGUGGAAUAAAACACAUGCCAAUGUAAAACCUAUCUAAUUGGUAUUCCUCGUAAAUUAUUGGUUGACUUAAACAGUCGAUUAUUUGAAGCGUAACAUUAAAAGUGGAUUUGAUUGUGGUCAUCGUGAUUACUGAGUGUGUUUGCAAUGAGAUGAUUGGGAAUGCAGGAUGAAUGCUGGUUUUGUGUUAUGCAUUUCGCAAAGCAUCGCGUCGCUAAGCUAAGUUUAUCUUGCUACAAGAGUACGUCGUGCUGGACUCGCGUUAGUUGAUGUGCUGCUUUACAAAAAUGCCCGCGGUGACCUAAUAUUUAUCCAGCCAUAAAAAUGAGGUCAUAGAGCGCAUUUUGCUACAUGAUUUCAUUUCCGAAAAAUAAUUGGGCAUGAGUUCGAACGUAGUUCAAGCUUACCUGUGAGUGCGUUAUACAUUUGAAACAUAUUUGUAAUCAUAUAUCUAUGUCCCCAAAGGUGUCAUUUUUCUUCCUUUUAAUAAUUUGUCUGUGAGAUUUAGUUAGCAUUUUCCAAGCGUCCUCAUUUCACUCAUCGACCACACAUCCAGUGUGUUUUAUCUAUUGUUACACUGUACAUAAGCGUACCGCCGUACGUGUAGAUGUUGUUGGUGUCUGAAGGACUUCUCCGGCCCUGUUCUGCCCUCUCCAUGCGCUGACCUGAGAGAACCGCUGUGCACCUGUACCCGCGCUGGCCGUUGUGUCGUUCCGUGUUAGCUGUGCGGUGACAGGUAGGCUGUCCUCCCCAGUUGUCUGUGCCGGCCGCCAAGUAGCGGCUGACGGACCGGGCAGGGCCGACCGGCGCUGUGUGGCUGGUAGUGCCUGCCGGCCGGCCACAGGCGCCUCCCGCGGCCGUCAGUCAGGGCGUUCGAGCCGGCCUCGAGCGCUGCGUCGCUCUGGGUGUGCCCCCACCGGCGGUAGCUCCCCUCGCGCGGACUGAGCAGGUCUCAGCCGCUCCCGCACCGCGCUCAGUCGGAUAGGGUUCCACUGGACCCGCCGGGCGACUAGCGUGCCACUAGGGGUGCAUGCAGUGGUUUAGUCUGGAUCUGCAUUCUUUUCUCUUCCAAUAAUACACGACAAAACUCG